AUGAUGGACUAUAGGACAGGACUGCUGCUUUUAACUAUCUGCUGGGCAGGUGUUGAAGGUCAGACUCUGACAGAAUCUGAACCAGCAGUUAAAAAGCCUGGAGAAUCCCACAAACUGACCUGUACAACAUCUGGAUUGUCAUUCAGUAGCUACUACAUGGCCUGGAUCAGACAGGCUCCUGGAAAAGGACUGGAGUGGAUUGCAGCUAUCAGCAAUGGUGGUGGUAGCAAAUACUACUCUCAGUCAGUUCAAGGCCGGUUCACCAUCUCCAGAGACGAUAGCAGAGAGCAGCUGUAUCUGCAGAUGAACAGUCUGAAGACUGAAGAUUCUGCUGUUUAUUAUUGUGCUCGAUAUCCACAAACCAUGUUCUCUGUAGCUCUGCUGCUGCUGUUGGCAGCUGGAUCCUGUGUGAAGUGUGAACAGUUGACACAGCCAGCCUCAGUGACUGUGCAACCAGGUCAACGUCUGACCAUCACCUGUCAGGUCUCUUAUUCUCUUGGCUAUUACACAGCUUGGAUCAGACAGCCUGCAGGGAAAGAACUGGAGUGGAUUGGAAGUAGAUAUACUGGAGGCUCUCACUACAAGGAUUCACUAAAGAAUAAGUUCAGUAUCGACGUAGACUCUUCCAGCAACACAGUGACUCUAAACGGACAGAAUGUGCAGCCUGAAGACACUGCUGUGUAUUACUGUGCCAGAGACCCACAAUAACACAAACCAUCAGCAGACCUGAACAAAAACCCCUCAGUGCCUGAACACUUGUAACAUGAAGCCACCAGAGGAGGAGCCCUCAGACCACUAAUGAUUUCAAGUCUAAGUCAAACAGUCUAUGAAUACUGUUUACUGUACAUUAGUACUGAAAAUGUCGAAAAAAAUAUAAUAAAAGCAUUUGAUUGCAUAAUGCAAUAAUAUAGAUACUAGAACAUUAUAAUAACUGAUAUAUGACAUGAUGGGACAAAUGGAUUACAAUAAUAGAGAUUAUUAAACUUUAAACCAUCAUAUGUUCAAAGAGACUGGUGUGAGCUACAAUUUCACAAGUUGAUGCUUUUCCCAAAUAGUGUCUUAUUUCUCUGACUCAUAAUGUCUAUAUGUAGAAUAUUGAGGAACGAAUAACAGCAACAUUUCAACAUGCACCUUGCUUUUAAAAGGAAGCAGUGAAACCCCCAAAAGUUGUGUCUUUUCCAUAACUUCAUCAUUUAAAUUUUUCAGCUCUCAUUGAUAAGUGUUGUGUUAACAGUAAUAGUAAACCUCCCACAGUGAAUAUUUACCUGUUUGGGUGUUUGUUUUGAAAUAUUGUUUUAUUAAAUAACCACAAUACAUGAAUGCAGAUCAUACAUUUAACAGUUUUAAAAAGCUGAUUAUCUCAAAGAAAAUUUAAAAAUAACGUUUUCCUCAAAAACAGCAGGAUUCUGAUGGAUAUCAAAGGUUUGAGCUUAAUAUUUUGAUAAUUCAAAAUGUAUUCAGCUCAUCCUUUUUGUCAUGCAGGUGUCUUAAAUCACCAGUUGAUGAUUA